AUUCUAUAUUUUAUUUAUAUUUUAUCAGUAUAGCAAAGGAAGUAUAUUUAAUAUCACACUCAGAUAGCAUUUGGAGGCAACAAGAAGACACAUACACUACAGUGAAAACAAGUAUUUUUAUUGGACGACUAUUUUUUAGUAAUCAAGCAAUUUUAACAAAAAUAACAUUAAUUUUGACUAUACAUGGCAUUAAAGGGGAUAAAAGUUAUUGAAAUGGCUGGAAUUGCACCAGGACCAUUUUGUGGAAUGUUAUUAGCAGAAUUUGGAGCUUCUGUAAUAAGAAUAGAUAAAGUUAAAAAUUCCCAGGUAUUACCAGAUUUUAUUGCUCAAGGAAAACGAUCUAUAGCAUUAAAUUUGAAAACAGAGAAGGGUGUCAUGGAACAAAUGAAAAUUGGACCUGAUGAUAUAAUGCAGAUAAAUAAACGGAUUAUUUAUGCCAGAUUAAAUGGAUUUGGGCAAAAAGGUUCUUAUGCAGAUAUGGCAGGUCAUGAUAUUAAUUUUCUAGGUUUAUCAGGCUUACUUUCUUUAUUUGGGCGUGCUAAAGAGAAACCAACACCGCCUGUCAAUCUAGUUGCUGACUUUGCUGGUGGUGGUUUAAUGUGUGCCUUAGGUAUCCUUUUAGCACUUUUGGAACGUAAUCGUAGUAAUUUAGGCCAAGUAGUAGAUAUUUCUAUGGUAGAAGGUACAGCAUAUUUAGGAAGUUGGUUCUUUAGAUCUCAGUCAGUGGAUACUCUUUGGGGUAACCCACGUGGUCAGAAUUUAUUAGAUACUGGCACACAUUUUUAUAAUACUUAUGAAACAAAGGAUAAACGUUAUAUGGCAGUUGGUGCUAUUGAGUCAAAAUUUUAUAAUAUUUUGUUAGAGAAACUUGGUUUAUCUGAGGAUGAAGUACCACAAUUUGGAAAUUUUGAUAAAAAUCAUGCAUUAUUUGUUGAUAUAUUUAAAACAAAAACGCAGGCUCAAUGGUGUGCUAUUUUUGAUGGUGUGGAUGCUUGUGUAACACCAAUUUUAAAUUUAAAAGAUACACCUCAUCAUCCACAUAAUAAAGAAAAUGAAACUUUCAAAGUUACAGAAGAUAAUUGUGCAAUACCAAAUCCUGCACCACGAUUAUCUCGUACACCUGGUAUUUCAAUGGCAACUUGUAAAAUUCCAGAACAAGGAGAACAUAGUAUUGAAAUUCUUACUGAAUUAGGAUUUAAUUCUAAAGAGAUAGAUAAUUUUUUAACAAACAAGAUAGUUACACAAAGUCUAUCUCAGUGUAAAUUAUAAAGCUAUCCUAUAAUUACAAUAAAUUUAAUAUAUGUUAUUGAAUAAUAUUACAAAUAAUAAUAUAUUUCAAUACAAUUCAAUAAGUAUCUAAUAAUAUUGACAAAUAUUGGGUUGGAAACUAAGUGAUUGCGGAAAGUGUAAAGUCCAUAUAUCGACAAAAUGCGCAAUCACUUAGUUGCCAAUCCAAUAGUUGGAUAAAAGCAAUAAAAAUAUAUUUUUUAUAGCAUUUUACGCCUGGUGUUAUGAUGAUUUAUAUCAACUAAAUAGAAAGUAUAUAUUUAAAAAAAUAAAAUACAAUAUAUUGGGUUGUUCGGAAA